UUUAGAGAAGAGAAGCAGGGAUUUAGAUCGAACAACUGGCAUACAGCGAUAAUGCCGUCCACUGAGAAGACCCUGCAUUUCGUCUCCAGCGCGCUGGUUACGGCCAUUGCCGUGGGGCUGUUGGGAUACAGCAUGUCAGACGAUUGGACAGUAAUUAAAAUGGAAUGUGCAACCAACUCUAACAAUGGAACUGCUACGAUCACGGUGGGACUUUUUAACGGAAAAAUGGAUAGAUUCUUUUGUCCUGUCUUCGGAAAUUCAGAUGCAGAUUACUUCCAAGUGAUUCCUGAACUGAUGAAAACCACUGACAGUGUCCCAGCGGUCCUGCAAGGUCUGGUUGUGUGCCUGUUGGCCCUGUGUCUGCUGUUUUCUGUCUGCAGCAUCCUUAUCUCCCUGUACAACAGUGUCAGCAACCCUUAUGAGAACUACCUGGGACCCAGUGCGCUCUAUGGCUUCAGCUCACUCAGUGCUUGUCUGUCCCUGGUCGCCAUCAUCAUAUUCGCGUUGAACACGAUCUUGACCUCCAUGGGGGAAACGCUGGUGCAGAACUUCUCCCAAAAUAUCCCGGUAAGCUUGAGCAAUAAGAAGACAGAGGCGGACAUUGGGCUCUACCUGCUCAUCCCUUACAUCGUGCUGUCUCUCCUUGCCAUCGUCUGCAUCUACACCUACCAACGCGCAGCCUACAAACAUAAGCGUGAACAGCAGCGGCCCACGGAUGAUGUGCCCAAGGAGAUCAUGAUGUAUUAGUGUGAUGGAGUCAGUUUUCAGUAACACCCAAAUUAAACUACUCAUCCAGACUUUCUGAAGAAAUUCUGACAUGAAGGCAAAAUACAGUGAAUUCAUUAGCAAUCAAUCUCGGUUUGUCUUUGACAUGAAAUUACAUUAUUUAUUCUCUGCAUUGAAAAAUGCAUUUGAUAUGAUAAAAAUCGAGCUGUGAAAAGCAGCUCAAAUCAAAACAUGUCUGACAAAU